ACAGUCGCAUCCCAGCAGCGAGCCCUCCCCUCCUGUUCGUCUCCGCCUGGAAAGAUGGCUGCUCCGGUGGUGGUGGUGAGUAGCUCCGGCCCGGCGCUCUGCCCGAGCUUCGCGGAGGUCUGUUCGUUCCUGGAGCGCUACGGAGCCGCGCUGGAUCUGCCCGAGAUGACUUUUCCUCAGAUGGAGAGGUAUCUGCGGGACACGACGGCAGUGCCCAAACCUCUUGUGGAGCUCCACGUAAAGCUGCUCAGAAAACUGGGGAAGUCUGUGACUACAGACCGCUGGGAAAAAUAUCUUGCUAAGGUUUGCCAGGAGCUAAACAACACCUGGGCAUGGGAGCUGGAGCAGAAGGGCUACCAGGAGAUGUCCAUGGAGUGCAAGUCAAGUAUCCUGAAAUAUCUCUGCGAGUGUCAGUUCGAUGAGAACCUUAAGUUCAAAAUGGUGAUCAAUGAGGAGGAGCCGGAGAAGAUGCGUCUGCAGCCUCUAGGUCGGGACCGGCAGGGCCUGAUGUACUGGCUUCAGCUGGACCAGGAGCAGAAUAUACGGCUGUACACAGAGGAGCAGGACGAUCUGGAUGGAUCCACCUGGAAGUGCAUUGUCAGGUCACGUAACGACCUGGCCGAUGCCCUGGAGCUGCUUAAGGCCCAGCUUGAUCCAAAGGAAAAGGAGAAUCCAGAUCAGGACCAGAACCAGAACCAGAACCAGGUUGAUCCCAAGAGCAACAGCCUCACAGAGAAAGAUGCAGGUAUUCUAGGUGAUGAGACCGUUGAAGGCACCAACCCAGAACCAAGCAAGAGCGCAAAGGAACACACUGGUAUUAAGACGGAUGAUGCUGCAAUUGAAGAGGAUCCCUUGAGACAAGAGAUAAAGCCAGAGCAGGCGCACACUAUAAAGCAGGAAAACACUGAAGCGGAGGUGAAAGAAGACAAGGACGACCACAAACCGCCUGCAUUUGACAACCGUGUCAGCACCAUCACGACCAUCGUCAAAUCAGAAUCCAGGGACACCGACGCCCCCAAAAAUGCUGUGUCUGUCGUCAUAACACCUGGUGCACCUGUGGCGAAGCAGGAACUGAACAAGGAGGAGGAGGCCGAGCGGGCAGUAGUCAGAAGCAGUCAGCAAGCGAAGAUACCGCUGAAGAAGAGGGAGCUUAAGCUAGCCGAGAGCUACCACAGCAACCACCUGAACAACAGUAACAGCAGUAGUAUUAUUGUUUGUAAUCCCUCAGUGAUACAGACCAAAGACAGAGAGGGGAAGCUGUCUAACUCAUUAGUGCCCCCUAGUGGUCCAGCUGCCUCACAACUGCAGCAGCAGCUAGUGGUCACUGCGUCGAAGCAAGAACUGACCAAUGGGAGAGCGUCUCUCCUCCUGCCUCACAAAGAGGGGCAAAACGGAGUCAUAGGAGUCAUCGGUCAAGUCGGUGUUAUUGGUCAUGUAGGCGUAAUCCGCAGCCCGUCAGAGCUUCACAGGACGCCUCCCUGUGCUGAGAAACAGGAGCAAAAUGGGCCUAAUUCCGAGCACCAGGGCUUCAGAGCUGCAGAGGACGAGAGGGAGGCGAGUCGGCAGUCAGUGCUGGUCAGAAAGGGACCGUCUGAAGGGGAGACUGCAGCAGCUUCCAGCACACUUCCUCCUCAUGCACCACUGGAUGCUCAAACGGCAACAAAGCCACCGUUGAUAUCCUCAAAAUCUGAACAGCUACCUGGAACUGUAGAGGGAAAAGUGGAUUCUGUGUGUGUUUCCUCGUUGUCUCAGUCCACAGGGGAACUGAAAGGACAGACAGCAGACGAAAAAGAUAAAAGGACGACAGAGGAGCAGUUAGAGGAGGGGAUGGAAACUGAGAAACAGCAGAAGGUUGAUGACCUGGACGAGAAGGACGGUAGGACAACAGUUGACCUUGAAAAAAAUAAAAGCACUUUAGAAAAGUUCAAGGAAGAAUCGGAGAGCAAUGCUCCUCCUCUAAAGUCAGACCAGCUUGAUAAAAUGGACCAACAAGGAGAUGCAGUCAAUGGCGGGGUGGCAGCCUCGUGUAGUGAGAAGGACACUGAGCUUGUAUCAGAGCAGAAGAAGGGUCCCCUUGAGGAGGCCUCCUCUGAGCUCCAAAAAGAGGGAAUCCGGUUGAAGAUCAAGAUUCCUCCACACCGGAGAAACAAGUUAAGAGGAAAAGGAGUGAAGGAGGAGCAGAAAGAGAAGGAGCAGGAGGUGGAAGAGGAAGGGAGAUCACUAAGGAGAUCUGCGAGGAUUUGCAGAUCAUCUGCUUUGCCAAACUGCAGGCCGAGCUCGAAGGCGUCUGAGAGCCAAAGAAAGAAACCUGGUAGAAAAAAGGCAAAGCAGACCGGAACAAGGGAAGAUGAGGAGGAGGAGGAGGAGGAGGAGGAAGAAGAAGAGGAGGAAGAAGAUGAAGAGGACAAGGGCUCAUCUAUUAAAAAAGACAGAAAAUUAGAACCUGUUGGUCAGAUUAAGAAACAGCGGGGUAAACGGAGACAUCGGCGCCCGAGGUGGUCGAACAUCCGUUUGAAGAGACGCAAACUGAAUGAGGAAGGGGAGGCGGAGGACAGAGGGGGGAAACAAGGGGAUGAGGAGAGUGAAGGAGGGAGCGACUCAGACGACUCGUGUAAAUCAGAGAAGAUUCCCAUUGAGGACGCCUGCAGUCAGUGUGGCCUGCCCAACCACCCUGAACUGAUCCUGCUGUGCGACUCUUGUGACAGUGGGUAUCACACAGCGUGUCUGCGGCCGCCGCUCAUGUUGAUCCCAGAUGGAGAGUGGUUCUGUCCCCCCUGCCAGCAUAAGCUGCUGUGUGAGAAACUGGAGGAGCAUCUUCUGAAUCUGGACAGCGCUCUGAAGAAAAGAGAGCGAGCAGAGAGGAGGAGGGAGCGCCUGGUUUAUGUGGGAAUCAGUGUGGAAAACAUCAUUCCUGCUGGAGACGAGGAGGAAGAGGAGAAGUCUCCAAAGAAGAAAGAUCCCAAAAAGAUCAAAAAUCUGGGGAGGAGAUCAACCAGAACCAGGAAGAACAUCAGCUACAGGUUUGAUGACUUUGAUGAUGCGAUUGACGAGGCUAUAGAGGAGGACAUAGGAGACAUCUGUAGUGGUGCAGGACGGGGGAGAGGAAUCACCGCUAUCCUGUCAGGGGACGGGAAGGAGAGCCAGCGGCCAAUGAGAAGCCCGGCUUAUUCUGCCAGAAACAGGAAGAAACGAAGACUGAACGACCUGGAGAGUGACAGCACGGCGGUAGAGAGUGAAGACGAGUUCAUGAUCAGCAACAGCUCAGACGAUGAGGAUUUCGGUGCGUCGGGGGCAGAAGAGGAAGAUGAAGAGGAAGAUGCGGGUAGCGAUGCAGGAAGCUUGGAAAGUGGGAACCGCCCCAGACGCGCGAUGAAAGGGGUUUCUAAACCCAAACUGAGCAGGCCCAGAGGCAGGGGCAGGAAGCGUCUGAGACGACGGCGGAGACGCUCCUCUGAGGAAGAGGAAGAAGAGAGUGAUGAAGAAAUGAACUCAGAUCAAAUCAGUGACAUGACUGACAGCGACGAUGACAAAAAGAGGCGGGGUCUCAGGCGAGGCCAACGCCAGCAAGUCAACUACAGAGAGACGUCCGAGUCGUCGGACAACUCUCGGACCUCCACCACCAGGGUCAAGGUUAAAUCCCGCGGCAGACCGCGCAAGGAGCAUCUCUCCAGCGACUACAGCGAUGUGUCGCUUUCCUCCAGAGAGUCUGACGAGGAGGAGGACGAUGAGGACGACGACGAAGACGACCAGAAAAGGAGAGUGAACAGGAGGAGAAGAGAGGAGAAAGACCUCAAGAGAAACCGGUCAAGAGAGAAGCGGAGGAGAUAUGAAGAGGACGACGAGGACGACAGGAAGAGAGGGAGCCGGCUGAAAAGGAAACUCCUGGAGAAGGAGAGGGACAGAGACAGGCGGCCGAGGUUAAAGAGGACAGACCGAGAGGAGGAGGACCAGGAGAAGAUGGGCAGGGGGAAGAGGAGAGAGAUCCUGUUACUGCAGCGGCGCAAACGGCUCGCUCAGAUGCUAAAGAAACGGCGGCCUUCUACGGACGAAGAGGACGACGACGACUCGGAGGAUUCAGAGUCGACGUCAGAAGAGGAUCGCCCGAUCCGCAAAAGACUCAACCGCAUCGACUCCGACGACGAUGACGAGGAGGAGGAGGAGGAGGGAGAGGAGGAGAGGCGGCAGAAGAUGAAAAAGUCUUCAGCGGUGGAGAGGAGGGCGGAAAACAAAAACGACAGUGACACUCAGGAAAAGGAGACGGCCCGCAGCCCGUCUCCGUCAAACGGACAUCGGACCUCCAGAGGCUCGGCCAAGCCUGAAGCUGGAGGUCCUGCUGAGCCCAGGGACAGUGCAGGAUCAGACAGGCAGGGCAGACACAACGGCCCCUCACAUCCAGAGGGGGAGGAUGAAGAUGACGAUGAUGGUGUAGAGGAAGAGGAGGAGGAGGAGGAGGAGGGCCAGACAGACUCAUUAAACUCUGUCCAGAACAGUCCGCAGUCAUGAUGGCUGUGAUUGUGUGAGUAACACUUGCAUCUUUGUUUUCUGUUCUUUUCUUUAACUGUCAGGCCUUUUAAAACAAAACCCCCGAACCCGUCUCCUGCUCCCGUCUCUUGCUCUUCUUCCUCGCUGUUGUAUCGUGGCAGAGUUGCUCUCCACCGUCACAUUCUGUACAUCCAAAAACACAAACUCGUGAUUGACACCCGUCGUCACCAGAAUGGACCAAAAGCAAUCGGUGCGCCUGGACCGUCAGCUCUUCAUGUUUCAGUGGAUAUACUCUCACACAGCCGGAGUUUAUUCUGAUCGUUUAUUUCCCCGGACUCUGGAGUCUCGGUCCGUGUUGCCGGGUGGUUGUGGGUUCAUUCAGUGUGGGUCUGAUGGAGCUGGACACAGGAGUCUGUAUGUAGUGAACCUCAUAACAAAGCACUUCAUUAUUCUCAUAGCACUUAAAAACCUGCCAACCAUAGAGAGUGUCAGCGUCCAACUCGAACACUUUGUUACCCUGAUGUUUAGAGGGACUCUCACCUUUAAACUUCAUGACACCAGAAUGUCUUCAACGUCUGAUUAAAGAAACACUCACAGUCAUUGGUUAACACUUCUCAGUGCUGAGCAUUUACAGCUUUCCUCUCUCACAAGAGAAUUCACUUUUUAAAGUUUUAGUCUGACAAAAAGACAUCCGAUGGCAUCAUAUUUUAGGAAUUUGAGAAACUUGUUUUAUUAUUUUCAAGCCUUUCAUAGACAGAAAAGUCGUGAAAAGUAGUUACCUGUUCUCUACUAAGUAAGCCCUGCGGUUACAAUACCAGGAUUAUUUUUUAAGGACAAAUUUAGAGAGGCAGGAAAUGCGGAGAGAGAGAGAUUAGGGGUAUGACAUGCACCACACAGGAUCAGGAGUAGUACCUGUGGGAUGCUGUGCAUGGGACGCCUGCUCAUUAGACUGGCACCCCUGAUACCAGAAUUUUAAUCUCACAUAUUAAACAAGUAAAAAUCAAACAAUAUCGAUACCUCUUUUAGUACCACGUCCUGGGCCCUGAAUGUUGGGUAAUUUCUUGUUUUUAUUUUCCAAAAUUUGCAGUGCAAACUCUUUAAAAUGCACAAACCCAUCAGAAACAUUGCAGUGUUUCCUCCUCUGCUUUCUGUCGGUUUGUAGGAGACAUAAACAUAACUUUUGCGUCGAUAUGAGACGCCUCAAAGUCUUGAGAAACGUCAGUGUUUGCGGAUUUGUUGACUGAAGAUCUGUAGUUUUUUUUCACUUUUCUGUCCUAUCGAUCAUUAAAACAACAUUUUGUGUCACGCAAAACAUUUGGUUUAAACAGGCGAGUUUUAAAACGCUGCACAGUUGAUUCAGCACCCGGGUCCUUCUCGUUCAGGAUGUUUUGUAACAGUUGAGUUUUGUUCCUCUAAUCGAGCCUUAAGCAGUUAUUUAUACCGAGUUUUACAGUUACCUACAUGGGGACGAUACGUAGCUCCAGCUGUCUCAGGAUGUCAUCAAAGUUCAAUUAUCUAAAGCAACAUCUUCACAACAUUUAACCUUUAGAAUGAUCCUCAUUAAUUUGAUUUGAAAUAAAUAACGUUCAAAGUGUUCGGUUUCAGACAGCUGACACUCCUCUGUGUAGGCGGGACCAUGUCUGCUGUACAUACUCUGCCUGUACGCUGUUCCUUGUAAGAUAAUAGAUGUUCUGUUCUUAGUCCUCUUGUAAAAUAUAGUGUUAUAUUUUCUAUAUGAAGGAGAAGAGGAGAGAUGCUGCUGUGAGUGAUGUGUGGAGGUUUCAAACUGCGAGUUUUAUCAACGGUUUGCUUGUUUUUCUCUGAAACUCUGCGGCCUUGAUCCGUGUGAUGUAAGACCAGCAAGGAGCCCGUUCACCAGUAAAAAAAAGUCACAAAGAGUCGAGUUCUGCUCACGUUCAGCCCCAUGUCAGACACGUUUUAAAGGUUGUUCACUAUUCGUGCCCUUGUAUGGGACACCCCAGGAGCUUUUAAGAAGGACACAAGCUUUUAUAUUUGACAACAACAUUAUUGUUUUCUCUACUGGAGUGCAUCUGUUUCAGGAGAACUCAGAAGAAUCCAUACAGUCAAAUACGGUUGUUAUGAUACCAGAAUUUUAAACUUUGAUAUGAUUCUAGUUCAAAUCAAACAAUAUGUAAACCUGUUUCGAUACCACAGCAACAAAAAUAAGAGUCCUAGGCACCAAUAAUAUGUAAUUUCUUGUUAUCUAUUAUCAAAAAUGUAAGCUCCUGCACACUGUCCAAAUUACACAACUACUUGGAUGUGUUUGUCCAUUUCAGACAGUGGUCAGGAGGUUACUUGUACUCCUCCACACCUGUCCGAUGAAAAGUAUGCAUUUUUUCCCCAGCGACUUUUUCGAUAAUAUUGAUCAUUAAAAUUAAAAUAACCGAGUUUGUAACAUUUUAAAACUCCUGGUAUCAAAGUCUGGAAAAGUUAAUCCACCUCACAGUCGAAUCACUGCUUCAGGCUUUGAAUGAGUUUUAUCCUGCUGUUCAUGAACACUGUGCUGUUAACAGGAAGAGCUUGGACUUGUCAGAACUCUUAUCAUGCAUCAGGAAUAUUUCUCCGACCUACAGCGAGGUGUGAGAAUAACUUUCAAGUGAUCACAUCAAAUAAACGUCAACAUCAAACAUCAAAAUGAAGAUGUACAUAGAGAGAAACUCUCACAGAAGAAGGAUGUUUAUUUUUUCUACUUUUAUUCCAUUUAAAAAAAAAAAAAAUUGACAAACUUUUAGUGAGUCGGACACUUUGUUAUUGUUGUCUGUAUGUAUCGAUCUCAUCGCGUUGAGUAUCGAUGUAUAAACUGUAAAUGAUCAACGACACAUAGAGACUUUCUGUAGCCUAGAUUAAUUAGACCCCGCUCUGAAACAAAAGUUGUUUGAUAGAAACCUUUAUAAUCACUCUGAAAAUACUUCUGUAACGAUAAAAAACAAAAAAAGAAAGCCGGUUGUAGUUCGCUAUCAGAUCGUUUCAGUUCUUUUACAUUUAACUUUGGAGGAAAAUCAUCAGAACUCAAUACCGGCUCUGCUCUCUUGCAGCCACACAAAUGUGGGUUUGUGGCGUUAACUGAAACUGGCGGGAUUUCACCGCUAGCUUAGCGUUCUUUCAGGUACUUUCCUUCAACUGUUAAAGGUGUGGUGGACGUUCAUAACAAGAAGAACACCACUAGAUAGACAAUGAAGUCUCAUCAGCUGGAAAAUCCCUGAAGUGCAGAACUGCAAGGCCGACAUUUAGAUCAUCAAAGAUUAAUUUAUGACCUUAACUAAACUCCCCAAACACCUAACCACUGAAGUUUGCACUACCCUCCGUGGACUCUCACUCAGAUUUACACUGUUUUACUGUCACGUACUCGUUUUCUUUUAGCCCAGAUUUUGCUCAGAUCCUGCUGAGCGUUAACAUCAAGGAUGGCAAAAAGCCUCUUCUAAAACUUAAAGGUGAGACAAACCGCCCCCCUUUUGUUUUAUCAGCAGGGGGGAGAUUCAUGUGUGUUUAUACCACCAGCCUGAAAGCAUUCCACUGAACUUUAUGUGCGUCUGUCUUUGCAGAUUCUGUUGGUUUAUAAAUGUUCAGACCAACUUACUUGGAUUCAAACAGGCACCCCAGGAUGUGAGUGUGGCUCCUCCCAUUUCUCUGUUGUAUUGUUACUGUAGUAUCGCUGUAACAUAAAUGUUUUCUAAGUUAUUAAAACCAACAUCCCAGGCAUCUCUUCAAAAAAAAAAAAAAAAAAAAAAACCACUGUGUCUGUGCCUUUUUUAAUGAUUACGUCACAGAAAAAUGAUUCAAACCCUGAAAGUGACUCAGAUCAGGGAAGUUGAUUAACAUGCUGAAGAGGUCUGAGAAGUUUCUAUGGAUGUUUUCGACUUUUUUUUUUCUACUAUGAAAAUGUGUCACAGUUAAAAGUCAAAUGUAACCACCACGACUCCCAGCUGAACACAUCCUCUGUUUCUGUAAGCUGCUGCUUCACUGUGUGGAGGAAAAUUAAAGAUAACCUACGUUCAACCUUUACAGUCAACAGGUCUUAAAGCUUAGAAUAGCUAUAUUCAAUUUUAAUAUUUACAUAUAAUGUAAACAGAUUAUGGUUUGAGUAUGAUUAAAGUGUCUCUAAAUA